AUGCACCCGCUGGCCCGGGGGGGAACAGGAGCCACCAUGCUCCUGGGGCUGCUGCUGCUGCUGCUGCUGAUCUGCUCCCUUCUCUCUUUCUCAGCCAUCCUGGAAGUGAACGGAAACCUGAGCUGUAGGUGUGUAAAGACAACUUCAGACUACAUCAGCCCAAAGAGAUAUGAAAGCAUUGAAAUAAGACCCGUGGGAAGCACCUGCAGACGUACAGAGAUCAUAAUUAAAUUAAGAACCUCGGCAAAAGUGUGCGUGAACCCCGAGGCCCCUUGGGUAAAGAAACUACUGAAGCGUAUUGCGACCACGUAA